GUGUCGUCAGGCAGCAGUGCGGGGCCCGGGAUGAUGGCGGAGUCCGUGGGGAAGGAGCGGGGCCCGGGCUCCGGGUUCCCCCUCCAGGCGCUACUACCCAAACAGGAGACCGGGGCGCUCAGCUUCAUCAGCCGGAGGCCGGAGUGUGAUGGCCGCGGGGCCCUGAUCGCCAUCCUGGACUCGGGGAUAGACCCGGGGGCACCGGGCCUGCAGAUAACAACAGAUGGGAAACCAAAGAUUGUUGACUUCGUUGAUGUCUCAGGAAGCGGAGAUGUAGACACCUCCACUGUACUGGAAGCAAAGGAUGGCAUUCUCGUUGGCCUCUCAGGAAGAACUCUAAAGAUACCAUCAGAUUGGAAUAACCCUUCUUUUAGGUACCAUGUUGGUAUUAAAAAUGCCUUUGAACUGUAUCCCACAGCCCUCAAGGAGAGAAUUCAGCAAGAGAGACGGGAGAAGCAGUGGGACCCUUUACAUCGAGUUGCUGUGGCGGAAGCUCACCGACGACUGAAUGACUUCAACAAGAACAACACAAACCCAUCUCAGGAAGAGAAAUUGGUACUGGAAGAUCUUCAGUGCCAAGUUGAUCAGUUGGAUCUUUUGGAGAAGAAAUACUCUGACCUUGGACCUGUCUAUGAUUGCUUGGUUUGGCAUGAUGGAAAGACUUGGAGAGCCUGUGUUGACACCAGUGAAUGUGGAGACCUGAGCAGCUGCAGUGUACUCGAGAACUACAGAGAAGAACAUGAAUAUGCACAGAUGGGAAAAUCUGAAAUGCUGAAUUACUCUAUCAACGUCUAUGAUGAUGGGAACACUCUCUGCAUCGUCACUAAUGCAGGGUCCCAUGGAACACAUGUAGCUGCGAUUGCAGCUGGAUACUUCCCAGGUGAACCAGAAAGGAAUGGUGUGGCUCCCGGUGCCCAGAUAUUGGCCAUCAAGGUGGCCGACUCCAGGUUAAACACUAUGGAAACAGGGACCAGCUUAAUCCGUGCAAUGAUUGAAGUGAUCAAUUACAAGUGUGACCUUGUAAAUUACAGUUAUGGGGAAGCGUCUCACUGGACUAAUGCAGGGCGUAUAUGCAAGGUGAUUGAUGAAGCAGUUUUAAAACACAAUGUUAUCUUUGUGUCCAGUGCUGGUAACAAUGGGCCCUGUCUCUCCACUGUUGGCUGUCCAGGGGGUACUUCUACCAAUAUCAUUGGUGUUGGUGCGUAUGUCAGUCCAGAUAUGAUGGUUGCAGAAUACUCAAUGCGGGAGAAGUUACCACCUAAUCAGUACACCUGGUCGUCGAGGGGACCUUGUGUUGAUGGAGCGUUGGGAGUGUGUAUCACUGCUCCAGGCGGAGCCAUAGCAUCGGUUCCCAACUGGACACUUCGAGGCACUGAACUGAUGAAUGGAACUUCGAUGUCCUCUCCUAACGCCUGUGGAGGCAUCGCUCUGCUGAUCUCAGCGUUGAAAGCAAAUGGCAUUUGUUACACUGCACACUCAGUGCGACGUGCUCUGGAGAACACAGCAUUGAAAGUGGAGGACGUUGAAGUUUUUGCACAAGGCCAUGGGAUCAUUCAGAUUGAAAAGGCCUAUGACUACCUCAGCCAAAAUGCCUCAGUAAAAAGUCAUCAGUUGGGUUUCAGCAUCAAAAUAUUGCACCUUCGUGGAAUCUACCUCAGGGACCCAGCAUAUCUAUCAGUGCCAAUUGACUUCUCUGUUUCUGUGGAGCCAGUGUUUCCGGAAAAUGCAGAACACAGUGAGAAGAUAGCUCUACAGAUACAUCUAGCUUUGACUUGCAAUGUAUCGUGGGUGCAUAUCCCCUCCCAUCUGGAGCUAAUGAACCAGUCCCGCCAGGUGACUGUCAGGGUGGAUGCACGAGGACUCAAGGAAGGACCACACUUCACUGAGGUCCUUGGAUAUGAUACAACAGCCCCUGAUGCCGGUCCAUUGUUUCGAAUUCCAGUCACAGUUAUCAUUCCUUCAAGUGUAAAUGCAGGUACUGAAUACAAACUUGUGCAAAAAAAUGUACAUUUCAAGCCUGGAGAGAUCAGAAGACACUUCAUUGAAGUGCCCCAAGGAGCUACCUGGGCUGAAAUAAGCCUGACUUCAAAAUCGGAAGACACAACCUCUGAGUUUGUGGUACAUACUAUCCAGCUGCAGAAACAGAUGGCUUUUCGGGUGCAUGAGUUCUACCGUCACCUGUACUUGUCAGAAAAGGCCUCUGCUGCUGAUGCUUUUCCAGUCCUUGAAGAGAAGACCAUUGAGAUUUGCAUUGCACGUUGGUGGUCUAGCCUGAGACAUACUACCAUCGACUACGUCAUUUCGUUCCAUGGCCUGAAAUGUAACAGUGACACAUUACACAUUGAUAUACGCAGUUUGUGUUACCAUCUCAUAUCACCUCCAAACAAGUCCAAGGAUGGAAACAAAGAAAAGUCCAGCAAAGACAAGGAGAAAGAACCGAAGGAAAUGUUUGAGGAGGCUAUUCGAGAUCUCAAAAUACAAUGGCUACCCAAAUUGGAUCUGCAUGAGGAAUUGGUAUCAGAGUACCCGAAUCACUUGCCUGUACAUACCGCUUAUCUCUCCAACCUCAACUCAGCAAAGGAUCGGAUGAAGAGACUUGAUGAAAUUAUUCGAGCGGCUGAUAUAGUUAUCUCACACAUUGAUCAAAGUGCCCUGGUUACCUAUUUGGCCAUGAAGAAUGACCCAAGACCAGAUGCUGCCACUAUCAAAAGUGAGAUGGAGAAACAGAAGUCUGCCCUGAUCGAUGCCCUUUGCCUGAAAGGAUGUGCACUGGCUGAUACACUUCUCCAGAUCAAGUUGCACGAUGAGACGACAUCAAGCAAACUAGUCUGUCACCAUGAGAAUGAUUGGGACCACAUCCGCAAGAGCCUGUCAGACACUUUCGAUGAUGUCCAGAAGUGGAUCGAUCUCACCGAUAGUAAGGCAUUGACAUUUGCAUACAAGCAUGCCUUGGUGCAGCAAACAUUUGGACGUGCUUUGAAGUUUGCUACAAAAAUUGUUGAAAAUAAGCCAAGUCAAGAAAACUGGAGCAAUUGUAUUCAGUUGAUGAAGACCCUCGGUUGGGAGCAUUGUGCCGGUUCUUAUGAGAACUUUCUCUCAGUGAUGUAUCCCCCAGAUUAUGUCCCAUUCUAACUUUUCUUAUUGCAAUAAAGAAUGUAUGUGUGCAUUUUUAACAGGGUUUGAUAUAGGAGAAGCUUUCUGAUAAUUGGGCUCAGUUUUGUGUUUGCUCUACUUUUGCUUGUCUUUUUUUUUAAAACUUUGGUAUUACUGAUGAAGAAUCCUACAAAAAUACAAUAUUUUAUAUCUGCAUUGUUAUGAAGUCUUCAGAUUUCUUUAAGUGCUUUGGCAUUUCCCUGCAGUAUCACACUUAUCACGCCUGAGCUGUGUGUUUUACAUUCCAUUUCUGAUAUGGAAAUGCAAAUGCGGGGCAAAUAAUCUCACAGCCCUCCCAAAAGAUGCUUCAGAGAUCACAAGCUGUCUCGAUUGCAGUAUGUUUCUCCUGGCCUACUUUUCCUUCCAGAUGAUUAGCGACAACACUCGCCUGUAGUUAUUGUGGUCUUGGAGAUGCUGUCUUCUGGAAGAGACUUUGAACCUAGGCCAUAUAUCCCCUCUCUGGUGUUAUUUCAAAAAAGACCAGGGAGUUUUGCCUGGUGUCCAAGCCAACAUUUAUCCCUUAUCAUCACAACAUAACAGAAGCAGGUUAAACCUCAGUAAUCACAUUGCUGCUUGAGAGAGCUUGCUGUGUGCAAAUUGCUUUCCUACGUUGCAGCAAUGUUUGCAUUUCAAAAGUACUUCAUUGACUGUAAAAUGCUACAAGCAUCCAGUAAUCAUGAAAAAAGGCACAAUAUAAAUGCAAAUCCUCCUUUUAUGGGCACUUUAUCUUCAUUCUGUCUACCUGCCUUUGUUUUAUAACGCUGUAAUACCUGCCAAACAAAGUGAUUCCAACAGAAUGUGCUGAAGAAUCUCAACAGGUCUAGCAGUAUAUGUGGAGAGAGAUACCGAGAUAACGUUUCAAAGUUCGAUAUAGUUCUUCAUAGUAAAUGUUCUUAGCAUUAGCAUUCCUGAUGCCCCCACCACCCACAUUUUUCUCCCCGUCAGCCACUCUGCUGGAGCUAUCCCUGUAGUUGCAUGAGGCGUGGUCCUAUAACCAAACAGAUCAAACAUGGCACAGUUUGGUAUCAAUUGAAGCUGUAGGCUGUUCCUUUAAGCCUGCCUUCAGUGUUUGGACCACUGUUUCCACCAGACCAUGAGACAAUGGAUGGUGUUGAGCUAUUCGAACAUGCCGCAUGCUAUUUGACUUUUGGAAAUACUCAAUCCCUGCCGGUAGAUGACAUCCUGUUGACCAGUACCUUCGGGAGUCAGUGUAUUGCAAACGUGCUCCACACUACACUCGACAAAGUUGUUUUGAAAGUCUAUUUUCAAUUAUCACACACUUUUCCACAUUGUACUCCAUUUGCCAGCUCUUUGCCCAAUCAAUUAACCCACCUAUAUCCCUUAGAAGGCUUUUGUCUCUUCACAACUCACUUUCCUAUCUAUCUUUGUGUUAUCAGGAAAUUCAUCUACCUUUGAUCUGUUCAUCCAAAUCAUUUAUAUAAAUUGUAAAGAGUUGAGGUCCCAGCACUGACCCCUUUGGCACACCACUCACGCCCUGCCACCCUGAAAAAUACCUACCUAUUCCUACUCUCUACUUCCUGUUAACCAGCCAAUCUUUAAAUAACCCCAAUAAAUUUGUUAAACAAGACUAAACUUCAACCAAAUCUUGUUGGCUCCGUCUGAUUACCUUGAACUUGUCCAAGAUGCCCUGUUAUGACAUCUUUAAUAGGGCUUCUAAUAUUUUCCCUGCGACAGAUGUUAAGCUAACUGGCCUGUAGCUUCCUGCUUUUUGCCUCCCUUUUUGAUUGAAGGAGUUACAUUGACUAUUUUCCAAUCUAAAAGAUUCCUCUAAUCCAAGAUUUGGAAAUUUAAACCAACAUAACAACUUUUUUACUCACUACUUCUUUAAGACGUUAGGAUGAAAUCCAUCAGGACCUAACUUGGCAACCACAGUUCCAACAAUUUACUACUUCACUGGUAAUUGUAAUUAUCUUGAGUUUAACCCCCUCCCUUUUAAUUCUUGAUUUAUGGCUAAUUCUGGGAUGCUGUUCUAUCUUUUAUAGAGAAGACCAGUGCAAAUUUCUUCAACAUUUCCUCUUUUGUGGUGAAUCCCUUAUAUUGACAGCCUCUAGUUAUGCACUGCUCCAAAAGUGACAACAUUCUUUCGGUAUCAAUUUUGUCAAAACCUUUUAUAAUUUUAUGAGGUCACAGCUUGAUUUUUCUAAGUGAAAAGCCACUCAGCCUUUCCUGAUUCAUAUGCAGACUCGUUUCUGAUAGAAUUCUUGCAAAUUUUCUCUGCAGUCUCUAUAUUGAUCUUACAAUAUGGCUGUUAGAAUUGCACCCAGUAUUCUAAGUACAGCCUAAGAAAGGUCAUAAAAAGGUUUAGUAUAACUUCCCUGCUUUUCAAUUCCAUCCUGUUAAAACAAAACUUGGAAUGUUUACUCUCUGUAACACAGGGUUUUUUUUGUGAUUUAUAUAUUUUCUUUUGUUCCUCUAACCAACAAAGACUUGCACUUUCCAAGUAAUAUGUGAUCUCCCAAUUCUUCCUACCAAAAUGUUUUAUCUAGAAUUAUCUUUCUUGAAUAUCAUAUACCAAUUAUUUGCACAUGCUGCAAGUUUGUUCAUGCCUAUUCAUGAGGCAGCACGGUGGCUCAGUGGUUAGCACUGCUGCCUCACAGCACCAGGACCCGGGUUCAAUUCCACCCUUGCAUGACUGUCUGUGUGAAGUUUGCACACUCUCCCCGUGUCUGCGUGGGUUUCCUCCCCACAGUCCAAAGAUGUGCAGGCUAGGUGGAUUAGCCAUGCUAAACUACCUGUAGUGUUCAGAGAUGUGGAGCUUAGUUGGCCUAUAGGGGGAUGGGUCGGUGUAGACUUGUUGGGCUGAAGUGCCUGUUUCCACACUGUAGGGAUUCUAUGAUCCUUUUCUCUAACUUGUCGUGAUUUCUUCUCAGUACUGUCCAGCAGUGUCCUCAAGUAUGUGUAUUUUGUAAACUUGGAAACUGUUGUUUGUUGCAACAUCCAAAUUGUUGCUGGGCCCAGUACAGGACCUUGUGGAACUCCACUCUCUGGACUCAGUCUCAAAGGCAACUAGCAAUCUAUUCUGCCACUUCUCCCUCUUCAAAUUCUAAGGCCUUUUUCAUUGAUAAGAUGUCCCACUCUAGACAAAGUCGUUUUGGAAAUCUAUUGUCUAGCCAUUGUCUUUCUGAUGCCACCUCUGAAAAUGUAAUAAGGUCAUUCAAACAAUAUGUUCCCUUCUAAAGUCUGUGCUGACUAUUUGUACUUUUCUCGAUGUCUUUCCACUUCCUUUUUUAGAAGGGAUUCCAUUACUUUUCCAAUGUUAAGCUGGCUGGUCUACAAAUUUCCCUGGAUGUGUCCUGUCCUCCUCAAAUAAAUAUAUCAACUAGAUUAGCUACCCACCAGUCCUCUGGCAUUGCACCAUUUCUAUUCAGUUGUUAAAUGUGUGUCAUAAUGCCUCUGUUAGUUCUCACUUAGCUUAUUUUAAAAUUCAUGCAAUCCGUCUAGAUCAGGGGCAUUAUCUUCUGAGUUUAUUUAAUGCAUCAUUUUUAUUUUCACUGCCCUUAUCUCAUUACUUAUCCAUCAUUCUGUCUACCAGUCCUAUCAUUUUGGUAAAUGCCAAAGUCAAAUAAUUAAUACUUCUGCUGUCUGUCGUUCUGUCCUAUGCGUUAUGAUCUGCCAUAAUCUUAAUUGUCCUCUUCCUACUGAAGCCUUCCUUCUGUUAUUGAUGUGCCUGUAAAAUAUUUUAGAGUUUUGUUUUAUAUUCUUCGAAAAUGUAAUUUCAAAAGCAAAGUACUGCAGAUGCUGUAAAUGUAAAAUAAAAUGAUGGAGCAACUCA